AACAUAAUUUUAUUAUAUAAUUAUACCGAUGAUGAUGACAAUCACCCAACAGCUCGAUCCGGAGAAAUCCAGAUAAGAUCCGAGAUCAUCUUCGUAAACACAGCUUACAAAUUUUGUUUUUGGUUCCCCAUUUCCGUUCCUUAUCUCUCUGUUUUUCUCUCUCUUUCGCUCUCCGAAUUUGGUUGGAGAACCCUAAUAUUCUGCGAAAAAAACCCUGAUUUCGAAUACCCAUUUCCAUAUUCAAGGACUUGAAGAUCUGGGUUGGAUUUGUUUCUUUCUGUUGAAUUUUGAAACUUUCGAUCUAAAUGGAAGCGGACGUGUCUAUUGUCCGACAAGCUUAACCGCCAAUUGCCGAAGUUAAACUUGAUUCUUGUUCGAUUUGGGAAGAAAGCGACGAUGAAUCGUGCUCUGGCCCUCCUACUAUUACAUGUUUUCGCUCUUUCUUGUGUAGUUUCAGGCAAAGUUGUUUUGAUUGGGAGCAGCAUCACUCGCUCUUUCGACGACAUCGAAGCUAAUUUCGCUCGGCCGAUCAAGGCGUCGGGAGAAAUGGGAGUACUUUACGUGGCCGAGCCUCUGGAUGCGUGCAAGGAUCUGAGCAAUAAACCGGACGAGCAUAGCUCAAAUGGCACUUCCCCUUUUGCGUUGAUCAUAAGAGGAGGCUGCAGCUUUGAGGAUAAAGUCAGAAAGGCACAGAGAGCCGGUUUCAAAGCCGCCAUUGUUUAUGACAGCCAAGGCAGUGGCGUCUUGGUGCCAAUGGCAGGUAACUCUGGUGGUAUAAACAUAUACGCGGUUUUUGUGACCAAGACCUCUGGAGAAACGCUUAAGAAGUAUGCUGGUUUACCCGAUACAAAAGUCUGGUUGAUCCCUAGUUUCGAGAACUCAGCCUGGUCGAUAAUGGCUAUCUCCUUCAUCUCGCUUCUCGCCAUUUCUGCUGUACUGGCCACUUGUUUCUUCGUCCGAAGGCAUCGUAUAAGGCGCCGUUCCCCCCGUGUCCGUGAGUUCCACGGGAUGAGCCGUCGCUUGGUUAAAGCAAUGCCCAGUCUUAUAUUUACUUCCGUACAUGAAGACAACACUACUGCCACCUCUUGCGCCAUCUGCCUCGAGGACUACAACAUUGGGGACAAGCUCAGGGUUCUACCGUGCCGUCACAAGUUUCACGCCUUGUGCGUCGAUUCAUGGCUGACAUCGUGGAGAACCUUCUGCCCAGUUUGCAAACGAGAUGCAAGAACGAGUACAGGAGAGCCACCGGCUUCAGAGAGCACACCUCUGCUUUCAUCUGCCGGGUCGUCCUUUCACUCGUCAUCGUUUAUAACGUCGUCUGGGCUGCACAUCGGUCCUCCCAUCGGAUCACUGCCCUCCUCGGUUGCAUUCUCGCCGGCUCGCGUAAGCUCAUCCUAUAUCCAACAUUCAUUCAGGUCAUCCCCUCACGGCAGGUCUCCUCCUAUAAAUAUGAGCCGGAGUUCUGCGGAUCUGAGGCAACAAGCUUCGCCAUCCCCGUCACAGAGAUGGUACAUGUCGCCAAACUCAAGAUACAUGUCGCCGUACAGCAAUGCAUCACUACAUGUUGGGUCGUCGAGCCAUCGGUUUCGUCCUCUCCAUUGCAGCGAAUCGGCAGCAACGUUUUCUCCCUUCAACUCUUCUCACUCCCUACCUGACUGCUGAACACACCGCCUGCUUGAUAUUCGUUGUUGAAUGAAACAGAGUGUCUUCUUUUGGUAGACUCCAGACUCUUUUGUAGGCCAUUCGAGGCAGUGAUUUUUACGUAGCUCUCGGUUCAUGUCCUGUUUCA